AUGCACAACGGUCGUGGUCGCCGAAAGAACGGCAGUGUCAGAGCCAGCAAGGGUAGUCAGCGUGCCACAAUCGCUCCUCUCGUAUCCCAACAAUCUCCUCCGGUCCCUUCGAAAACCUCCUCCGCCAGCGAUGACAGUCUAGACAACUCCGACGCUGCCUCCGUGACCCUAUCUACCUCCACCUCCACCAGCAGCCCGCCCUCCAACUCCGUGCACUCAAUCUACAAGAACAUGGCCAGGAAAAUCUCGUCGCCCAUGGCGCCUCCCUUCAUGGUGUCGGCGCCGGGCAAAGUCAUCGUCUUUGGUGAGCAUGCCGUCGUGCACGGCAAGGCCGCCAUGGCCGCCGCCAUCUCCCUCCGAUCUUACCUCCUCGUCACCACCCUCUCCAAAUCGCAGCGCACCAUCACAUUGAACUUCAGAGAUACGGGCUUGGAUCAUACCUGGAACAUCGACGACCUGCCGUGGGACGUCUUCCACCACCCGUCCAAAAAGAAGUACUACUACGACCUGGUCACCUCCCUGGAUAGCGAACUGCUCGACGCGAUCCAGCCCCAUGUCGACAACGUUUCUCCACAUAUCCCGGAAGAACAGCGAAAAACACAUCGGCGCUCCGCACUAGCCUUCCUGUACCUCUUCUGCUCCUUGGGCUCUCCACAGCACCCGGGGGCCAUCUACACGCUUCGAUCCACGAUCCCCAUUGGCGCCGGGUUGGGAAGUAGCGCAAGUGUUUGUGUUUGCUUGAGCGCCGCGCUGCUUCUGCAAAUCCGAACCCUGGCCGGGCCUCACCCGGACCAACCCCCUGACGAGGCGGAGACUCAGAUUGAGCGCAUCAACCGUUGGGCGUUUGUGGGAGAAUUAUGUACGCACGGAAAUCCCAGCGGUGUGGACAACACGGUUUCCGCGGGCGGCAAGGCCGUGAUCUUCAGACGCGAAGACUACUCGAAGCCCCCCUCCGUCUGCUCGCUCCCCAAUUUCCCCGAGUUGCCCUUGCUCCUGGUCGACACGCGACAGGCCCGUUCCACCGCCACUGAAGUCGCCAAGGUCGGGAAACUGAAGAAGGAACACCCCCUGGUGACGGAUUCUAUCCUCGACGCCAUCGACAAAGUCAACGCCUCGGCGGAGGAACUCAUCCGCGGCUGCGACGGGAAGGAGGUUUCCAAAGAGACGCUCGAGCACCUGGGCACCCUGAUCCGGGUCAACCAUGGCUUCCUGGUUUCCCUUGGAGUCUCUCAUCCGAGACUGGAGCGAAUCCGCGAACUGGUCGACUUCGCCGACAUUGGCUGGACGAAAUUGACCGGUGCGGGCGGGGGCGGAUGCGCCAUUACCCUCCUGCGGCCGGAUGCCGACGAAAACGCUGUUCGGGAUCUCGAAGGCAAACUCUCCACCGAGGGGUUCACGAAAUACGAAACCACGCUGGGAGGGGGUGGUGUGGGCGUUCUGUGGCCUGCAGUGCUCCGCAACGGAACCGACGAAGAAGGCGGCGAGGAGAUCGACCAGCAAAAGUUCGAACUGGCCGACGGCCCCGAAGGCAUUGAACAGCUGGUGGGUGUGGGAACGCAGGAGAAGCGCGACGGUUGGAAGUUCUGGAGACGCGCGAUGCACUGA